AUGAGUGAGCCCCGCAAGCCGGAACUGAUCAACGGAGAGUAUCACAUCUACGAGUGUCCUAUUACAACAAAAAGUCACAUGCCGGUCCAGGAAGAUGCCGAAACAGACACAACUAAAACGAUUCUACAGAAUGUACGUGCAACCAUGAAACGCUAUCCAAACGAGCCUUACCUCGGGUAUCGUGCUGGCCUGGCCACGUGCGUCAAGGAGGUAACCGAUAAGUAUACCUACAUGACCUAUGGCGAGGCAGACUCCUACGUGACCGAGCUCGCCAAGGUCCUGACAAAGCUUGGUAUUGGGAAAGGCGACCGCGUUGGCAUCUUUGCACGCAACUCCCCCCUCUGGCUGCUUUUCGACUUCGCGUGCACGGCCGUGGGCGCAGUGGUCGUCCCUAUCUACGACACCCUUGGGGCCGCCAAGACAUCGUACUGCAUCAACCACGCAGAGGUUCGCCUUCUGGUCACUCAGACAGAGCUACUCCCACUGGUUCUCGGAAUAUGGCCAUCGUGUCCAAGUCUACAGCGCGUUGUCUUACUUGAUAUGACCACUUCUUCUCUGGAGGAUAUCAAGUUGGGUUCACAGCUUCGUAAAGCAGUACAGUUCUAUGCAGAGGUGGAGAAGCUCACUGACGCAGAAUUGGGAAUCAACAGUAAUUCGUUCUACAAAGCAAAGAAGACCUUUCACUUUCUUCUUGACAGCCACAGUUCUACUGGUGACGCAGCUAGCAACCUUUCUGACAACACUGACCUCCGCAUGAAGACGGCGAAUGUGAGUGAGGAGAAUACUGCCGUUGCUGCCGUACUCGAAAAGCUUCUACAGUGUCUUGACCUCCAGUCUUGUACCGAUGACACCUUGAAGUCUGCCACUACCGACAAGCUUCUAUUUUUGUCUUGUGAGCUUUCCAGUGUACAGGGGCUGGACUACGUAGGGGACUGUCCUUUAUCUAUGGAUGAUCUCCAUACCAUUCUCUACACUUCAGGAACCUCGGGGAAUCCGAAGGGCGUUGUUCACACACAAAAGACUAUUCUGGGAGGAUACUGCAUGGGGCGUGCCUUUUUCCCCUACAGGCUGAGUCAUAUCACUGGUAGAAUCACCACAAUACUCUCCUAUCUUCCGCUAGGACAUAUCUAUGAGCGAGAGAUCGAGCAUUACUGCAGCAUCAGAGGCUGCAAGAUAGCAUACUAUGCUGGUAACACAAAGAACUUAACCACAGACAUCAAGCUGGCCAAGCCGACGAUCCUACUGGCCGUUCCGCGGGUGCUCCAGAAGAUCUACAACGCCGUGAUGGUGAAGGUUGAAGCGUCGCUUGUCAAGAAGGCUGUCUUCUGUCUAGCAUGCAAGGUGAAGGAGUACACGGAGGGGUCCUGGAUUAAGACGGGAACACUACCCUGGCUCGACAACGUCGUCUUCAAGGACAUUAAAGCCGCCCUCGGGGGCCACCUCGAGCUCAUCGUUAGCGGAUCCUCUGCUCUCCCCCAGGAGGUGUGGCGAUUCAUGCGUCUCUGCACCGGUGCUCGGAUUACAUGUGGGUAUGGUUUGACAGAGACAUGUCUUGUGGGUCUACGUGUACUGCCACACGAUCCAAUUGAGUACAGUCCCGCUGGAAAGCUCGUUUCGUUCAUGCAAGCCAAGCUCAUUGACAAGAGCGACACCUGCGAGCUCUCGCUGAAGACUCACCGCGUUGGGGAGCUUCUCUUGAAAGGUCCCGGGAUUGCGAAGGAGUACUACAAGAUGCCAGAGAGCCCUCUACGGGACGCGGACGGCUACUUCCACACGGGAGAUCUGAUGAGGCUCAACGAUGACGGUUCCCUCACAUUUGUCCGCCGCAUAAACAUGGUUGUGAAGUCUCUCAUGGGCGAAUUCAUUGACAUAUGCGCAGUUGAGGACGCCAUGGAGAAGAGCCCACUCUUUGCAAGCGUCUUCGUGCAUGCUCAGAGUGACAAGUCGUUCCCGAUUUGCGUCGCUGUCCUGGACAAGACUGCGCUUGCUCACCGUCUGAAGUGUAGCACUGAUGAUGUGGAGAGACCGGAACACACAGAUACCAUUAAGUCUCUCCUGGCUAAUGAAGCUAACAUCUUCGUUAAGCGUGCAGGCUUGAAAGGCUACUGUGUCCCCAAGUGUUUCAGGUGGCUCUUUGACAUUGACUGGAGCACGGACCAGGAGCUCAUGACCCCGUCUAUGAAGAAGCAGCAUCGCUUCUUUGCGAAGCGCUAUGCUACGGAGAUUGCAAGCAUGUGGGAGGAGCUUCAAUCAUUUGAUAGGCAAAACUCUAAAUAA